AUGGGGUUAUCAUUGUGCUUAAUUGUGUUUCGGAAUUUGGUUUUAAAGCUUUUACUGAUUAAUAUUUUCAUUGUUAAUUAUGUAUCUUUUGCUUCUGUGCAGCUGUCAUCUUGCCAUGAUGAAGAAAGGUUAGCGUUGUUGCAGUUCAAGGAUAGCUUUGUCAUUAAGAAAUCUGCUUGUGCUUAUUCAAAGGUUUUACGAUGGAAAUCCAGUAAUUGCUGCUUAUGGGAAGGCAUCGAUUGUGAUGCAGAGACUGGCCACGUGAUUGGUCUUGACCUUAGCAGUAGUUGUCUCUUUGGCUCUAUCAACUCCAAUAGCACCCUCUUCAGCCUUGGACACCUUCAAUUGCUAAACCUUGCAGACAACCAUUUCAAUUUCUCUCAAAUUCCUGCUGCUAUUGGCCAACUUUCUGGCCUAACUUAUCUCAAUCUUUCUAAAUCUUUUUUUUACGGCCAAGUCCCAUUGGAACUUUCCAACUUGACCAAGUUGUCCUCCCUUGACUUGUUUUGCAAUUAUGAUCGAGAUACUGAAGAAAAGUUUUUGCAGCUUAGAAAUCCCAACUUCAAAACAGUAGUUCGGAAUUUGACCAGGUUAGAAGUACUUAUUCUUAGUCAUGUAGACAUAUCAUCCGAGGUACCUGAUUUGCUCACAAAUUUCACUUCUUUGACGACGUUGCUUCUUAAGGGAUGCGAACUGUAUGGUGAUUUUCCUGAUAAAAUUUUUCAUCUGCCAAACCUUCAGUGGUUGGAUGUGGGGUUCAAUGAGAAUCUCACCGGACGUUUGCCUGAAUUCCAUCAAAGAAGCCCUCUUAACACAUUGAAACUAACGGAUACCCAAUUUUUUGGAAGCCUACCUUAUUCAAUUGAAAAGCUGGACUCAUUAGAGAUAUUUAAGGCUAGACAUUGCAAUUUUUCAGGGCCUAUUCCAACUUCCCUGGGUAAACUUACCAAACUUACAAUUCUAGACCUUGGGAUAAAUAAUUUCAAUGGUGAUAUACCAUCUUCUCUUCAAAACCUUACCCAUCUCACAUCAUUAUUAUUUGAUGAUAAUCAAAUCAUUGGUCCAAUCCCACCAUGGUUGGGGAACCUUACCAUGUUAACUGCACUAGACCUUCACUUUAAUCUAUUGCAUGGUCCAGUUCCACAAUCGUUAUCUUUGCUUUUGAAUCUUGAAAAGCUUCUUAUAAAUGAUAACAAUUUGGGUGGCAAUUUGAAACUUGACAUGUUUUUUAACAUAAAAAAUCUCACUGAACUCGGACUUGGCCACAACAAUUUGUCACUGAUCUUGGGAAAAGCAAACAAAAAUGUGACAAGUCAUCAAUUCAACUAUCUAGACCUAUGUUCAUGCAAGCUAAGAAAAUUCCCACAUUUUCUCAAAAAUCAAAGUGAACUGGAGUGGUUGGAUCUUGGUGAAAACAAGAUAAGCGGCCAAAUACCAAAUUGGAUGUGGAACACAAGCACGUACACUUUGACCUUGUUGAGUGUUUGCAACAACUUCCUGACAGGCUUCGACCAAAUUCCUGCAAUUCUUCCGUGGGUUAACUUAGGCAUAUUUGAUAUUUCAUCUAAUAUGUUGCGAGGACCACUACCAAUUCCUCCACCAUCCAUCGUUGAAUACGACGCCUCAAACAGCAUGCUGAUUGGAGAAAUUUCACCUUUAUUUUGCAACAUGAGUUCACUUUACAGCCUCGAUUUGUCUAAUAAUAACUUGGGUGGCAUAAUUCCGCAAUGUUUGGGAAACUCGAGUAGUUCUCUAUCAGUUUUGAGUUUACGAAACAAUUCCUUUCAUGGCAUCAUUCCUCAAUUGUGCAGCAACAAUGCAAGUCAGUUGAAAAUGAUUGAUGUUAGUUAUAAUCAGUUGCAAGGGAAGCUACCACGAUCGUUGUCCAACUGUUUGAUGCUUGAAGCUAUUGUCGUCUCAAACAAUCAACUUCAUGAUUCUUUUCCGUCUUGGCUGGGAUCCCUUCCGGAGUUGAAACUUCUCAUACUACACCAAAACGGGUUUUACGGUGCAAUUGAGAAACCCAAACAGGAUUUAGACUUCUCCAAUUUGCGAGUGCUUGAUCUGUCUUCUAAUAAUUUUACGGGUGAGUUACCAUCUCAAUACAUCUUCCAUUGGAAUGCCAUGAAGUACAUCAAAUCCAAUGGCUAUGGCUUGACAUAUCUCAGUGCCAAGACGUCCUACCAAUCUAAUUUAGCAAAGGGUCAAUAUUAUUCCCCUAUUGAAGAGCGUUACACAAUCACAAUAAUGAUUAAAGGGGUAGCUACGCACUACGAAGCCAUCCAAGAUAUCUUUACUUUCAUUGAUCUAGCAGACAACAGAUUCGACGGAGAGAUUUCUGAUUUGUUUGGGAAUCUUAAGGCCCUUCACUCUUUGAAUCUUUCCAACAACAGACUCACCGGUUGCAUCCCAUCAUCGUUGGGGAAUUUAUCAGAGCUUGAAUCGUUGGAUCUUUCUCAAAACAACCUCUCAUGUUAUAUCCCUCAAGAACUGAAGCAACUUGGAUUUCUCUCAAGCUUUAACGUCUCCCACAAUAAUCUCACAGGGCCUAUCCCUCAAGGGAACCAGUUUAGUGUGUUUGAUAACAGUUCCUUUGAUGGGAAUCCAGAAUUGUGUGGUGAUCCGUUAUCAAAGAAAUGUGGAAAUUCACAGUCAUCGCCACCCUUGGAAGAAGAUCAUAAGGAUUCAGAGUCUAUAUUAAAAAAAUACUGGAUAUUUAUAUUGGCAGGUUAUAUAAGUGGCCUGGUUGUUGGUGUGGUUCUUGCUGAUACUUCAAUGAAGAGGACACCUGAAUGGUUGGUUGAGAGGGUAUCAAAAAGGAGAAAGGGAAGGAAGGGACAGAGAACUUGA